AUGACCACUGCCGCCCAGGACGAAUUCAACGAGCUUAUGCGAGAUAAAGACCGUGAAGAGAGACACCCAGAAGACCGCACCAACGACAGCGACCUCUCCGACCCCGAAUCUGAAGGCGCCGCCAACGACUACUUUGAGAAGAUCGACACAGACGACGAGCUCGACCUUCCCGCCGACAUGCGCUCCAACUACUACAUGCCCUCGCACAUCCGCUCCGAAGCCAACACAGGGCCAAAGGGUGUCAUCGCAGAUGCGCAGGCAUUCGAGCAGGCCAAGAAGCAGGCAAGGCACUUCACGUGGAAGAAGAACUCGCCCCCACAGCAGUACAACGUCACAGCCUACCACGACGAGCCGGCGUCGUCAGACGAGGAGAAUGACGGUGGCUUCAUGAAGCAAUGGCGCGAGUCGCGCUUGCGCGAGCUGCAGAACGCCGGCCAGCGGUUACGGUCACGCACAAACAGCCCCAGCAGGAGGAUAUACGGCAGCAUGCCCAUGGUAGAUGGUGAGGGCUAUCUCGACGCCAUCGAGAAAACGUCCUCGGACACUACCGUUGUCGUCUUCAUCUACAACGACCAAUCGGACAUUUCCAACAUGGUCGAGGAAUACAUGCGUCAAGUGGCCAAGCGCAACGACACAGUGCGCUUCGUAAAGCUGCACAAUGCUGACGCCGAGAUGGAAGAGGAAGGCGUACCCGCCGUCCUCGCCUACAAGGGCGGCGACAAGUUCGCCGGCCUCGUCCCACUCCUCAACGAGCUGCCUGACGACUCAGAACUCAGCGCCGUCAGCCUCGAGACAGCCUUCAGAAAGCACCGCAUUCUAUAA